CGCUGGUUUCAGUUUCAUGCGCUUUCUCUUGUGGGGUGUUUCCAGUUUCUUUUUUUGUUUUUUAGUUUUCUCGUUAUUAAUAUUUACGUUUUAUCUCUGUGUUAUAAUUCGUAAACUCCCGCAGUUGGCUCGGACACGCAGUUCGCUCCAGGGUUCGCGCCAGCUGCGCUUCCCCAUCAUGUGAUGUUGCCGAACGCCGCGGCCACGGCUCCAGCCACUGAGGAUCGGUGUGUGCAAUAAAAGCGAUUCCACAGACAUGCUCCUGCACACGCGAGCGCCCCAGCUUGUUGGCUUUUACUUAACUAGCAGGUAGCAUAAUUAAGACACGUCCCGGGACUCGGCUUUCGCGGUCGUUACAUGUUUUCGGCGUCUCCUCCAGCGCUUGGCUAACGAUGUGAACUCACGUUAGCUCCGUAUUACCAACACUCACCCAGGCUGAGGCUGGGGCGCAGCAGCAGGAGCCACUGAGCCGACGGUCAUUUCCGACAGCUCCGUAUGGAUUUGACGUCGGCAUACAUUGUUGCUUGAUGUUCCACAAAGGGUCGACUACUGGUGAUUUCGAAGAUGGGGGAACCCUGUGACCUUAAGCACCUCGUAAAGUGUGCCACCACUUCGGAGUGUUCAUUUCUCUGAUUUGGAUUAUUCUUGGCCAGCAGCUUCUCCGGGCCUACUAAUCCUUGAUGAGUUUCUCAAUGGACACCCUGCUCAAGUCAGAGAUCAGAGAGGAGGGCAGUGGAGCUUCACUGAAGGUGGAGGGCCUAUCAAAGGCAGCUCUUAUGAAAAGCCUGUCUCCCAGAGUGGUGCUCUCCAAUCAUCUCUUGCCUAAAGGGAGCAAAAUGAAAGUCAACCUAGAAGAUCAGGGUCGCCAGAAAGUGUCCUUCAGCUUCACACAGACCAAGAAGUCACGACAGAGCCUGUUCUUUAUCCCUUCAAGCCCUGACAAGUCUGUCACUGAACCUCAGACUAAGGAGGACAAAGGAGGGCAUGGUAGAUGCAAUUCUGAGCAAAAGCAGUCAUGCACGGUGCAAGAAUCAAUAGCAGAGUCACAUUCUCAGGCACCCGUCCCCUCAGCCACUAAACAUAAGCCAGACUUAACAAAGAUACAUUUUAAAAAGCAACUUAUCAGUGUGUCUGCAGCAGAAGAGCAACCAAUAUCUGUUAUGGUUGAGGAGGAGCACUCCUCAGAUUUUCAGGAUGCACAGAAGUCAUCAGUUCAGAAUGCAACUGAAUUAUCUACACCCCAGCCCCCCAGUGUCAGCUCGACUGAAAGCUCUGCCUUUGAAGGCACUGACGCAUGGAUAACCCCAACCGUUAAGCAGUCAGCUGCUUCUACAGUAAAGGAUGGUGAGACUUCAAGCAGCACUGAGUCUGUUAAUAAGGCAUGUAAAAUGAAAACCAGGUCCCAAUCGGACAGUGCUCCCAUUUGCUCAGAGUCUGAAGGUGACUCCGCUCAGAUGUCUUCCAGUCAAAAAGCAGCAGACUCCAAAGGUAAAUCAAACUUGGACAGCAAAAGCAAAGACGUAAAAAAGUCUUCCUCUGGUCCACAUGGAGAGGAAAAAGAUAAAACCUCCUUUAAAAGGUCAGAGAAUCAUGAAAGGUCUUCUAGUUACUCCAAAUCAGAUCGUGAUUCUAGACACACGUCAUCACGCUCAUCCCGAUCAGACAAAGAUCGCAGAAGGUCCCGGUCUCGAUCACGGUCUAGAUCAAGAGGGGCUCGAACUAGUUCAUCUCAUUCCAGGUCAGAGAGGUCAAGAGGUGACCGAGGAUCCCGCUCGGAGAGGUCAUAUUAUCACGAAUCUGAUUGGAGAUCACAUCGGAGUUCUCCACGCAGAGAGAGAAGACGUUCUCGUUCUCGCACUGACAGAACUCGGGACAGCUCGGACUCUGAGGAUGACCACAGGAAGACAAAGACAAGGACUAGUGUUACCACUAGAUCGUCCGCCUAUUCAAACUCACAUAGAGAAUCAAAGUCCUCCUCCUUCUCUAAAUGUGAAAAAGUCUCUAAAUCUGUAGGCUCUCCUCACGCUUCAGAGAUGGACAAGAAAACACAACUGACAAAGGCUGAAAGGACUUCAAAGCGGCCUGACUCUGAUUUACCUUGGAAAUGCUCUCCUGAUCUGGACCCCAACCACCAUAGAUCUAACACCCAUUACAAAUCUGAAACCAACAGGAAAUCCUCUUCUUCCAGUUUACACACUCGCUCUCAGUCAUACGAGAAACGGCACAAAAGCAGCUCUAGUGAAUCUGAAACAGAUCAAAAAGGAAGGUCUCAGUCUUCUGACAAAAGUGCAGGCUCUGAAGAGAAUAAUGAUAAAUCAGUACAGAAAAGUGGUGAACCAGAUCUGAACCAGGUUGCUACUUCUGUAAAGAACACAGAAGAAAAUGGACAAAUGGAUCACAUUUUUCCCAACCAAGCAUCAUCCUGUACAACCACUGAUAAACUGUCUCAGAGUGAAGAAGAAUCACCCCCCAAUCAGGAUACUGAGGAACAAUAUGUGAAACAGGUGGUUCCCUUUGUUGAAAAAGCUUUGGAAGAAUCAUUGUCUGAAGUGACAUACGUAAAUAAUUCAAGUCUCAAAGAUGAGAAUAGAAAUACCUCACCUAUAAGCCAGAGUGAAAACCUAAAGCAUGAAAAUGCCACCCCGGGAAACUUGAGCAAUGUGAAGGACAGCAUUUCUUCAAAUAAUCAACCAUAUGUGAAUUUAAAUGCAACUGUCUUAAUUGCGUGCAGUAAUGACAGUAUAAUGAAUAACUGUUCACUAGAGCCAAAGUCCAUACCUGAUAGAGCAGAGAUGGCAGUCACAAAUGAGGUCCAAGAGAACACUAAAGUAGAGACUGAUGAGCAGAAUCAGGUUCUGACAGUCGAGCAGCAGUCCACCUCAGCUUUGCCAAGCAAAUCAGAUUCGGCGUGUCUUGAAACUGAAAAUCAGCUGAUAUGUGGACAGGAAAGUGUUAAUUUGGGUAAAAAACCUAUCAGUACUGCCAAAAAGUCUCGAUGGGACAUUGUUGGUCAAGACUUUUCAGAGUUUGAUAAUUCACAGAAGACACCCAGUGCAGAGAAUAAACCUACUACUAAGAAAGUCAUCUCUAUCAAAGAAGUAGAGUUUUCUAAAGAGAAGAGCCAACAACACUUUAAAGAUAACGUUCAAGAAUCUGAAGCACAUUCCACAAUAGUGAAGCAGACUGAGCUGUUUAAGCAAGAAGCUGGAACAGAUAGAAUCACCCACCAAUACAAAGACCAAAGCGAGCUGUCACAACCAAGCACCAGCAUCAACCACUGUGACUUACAAUUAUUUGUUUCUGAGAAAACUAACGUAAAUGGGCCUGUGCACAUAGGCGAUGCGCUGCAGGUUGACAUAGCUGCAAAGAUACAAAGUUGGAAUAAACAGGAUCAUGAGGAAGAAUCAAAAGACAGUUCUAAGACUAAGAUGAGAAAGAGAGCAUCCCCUAAUGAGGAUGCAUUAGGAGGACAGAGUGAGGUCAGUGACAGUGACAACUCAGAAUACGACUCUGACUGUGAUGAGGCUAUAAAGCGAUUGCACUCUGUAGUAGUGGUGCCAAAGAAUUCUUCCUUAACAGUGGAAAUGCAGAACACAGGAGCAUCUUGCAGUCCUAUGGCUAAUUCGGACCAUCACAGCGCUUACACUGCAUCGGAUGUAAAUAUCCGUAAAGUCAUCAAUCAAGGCAACCCUGAACAAAGACGCUCUUCCGCUGCAUUUGGAGGAAACAGUGGUUCUUGUGUUGAUUUGAAUGAGUCACCCAGAAGGAGCAUGUUAUGUCAGUCUCAGAGCAAUAUGAUUGAUAGCACAAGUCACUUGGAGGGCUCCAGUUCCAUCAGUGCACUACCUGGUCCUGGUCAUAUAAAUGCCAGUAGGAAUACCCCAGAUCCUGCCUACAGCUUUGAUUCUUCCAAACAAAUGUACAGCCAACAUGCUGUAAAUAGCAGAGGUGAACAGAUACACUUCCUCUACCAACAAGAGGGUUUUUCUUGUGCUGGCAAUUUUGGCGAUAAGGGUCAUUUCAACUUUUGGGACUUUUCACAAUCAGAACAGCCCAGUAGUACGUACCAACAGCCUGAUAGCAGUCAUGGGCCACAAUUACUAAACACUAAACUGUCAGAGACCUCUGUCAAAGGACAGGAACAUGGACAAGAUUGUGCUUCCUUGAACCAUCACUCGCCAAACACACAGACCAGCCGAAAACCGUACCUCCAUUCAGAUGAACAUUGUCAGGAUAUGACAGAAAUCCACCCAGACUCUCUGACCAAUGAUCAUGAUGACUACAGUAGUGAUAAACAAACAAAUCUCAAUCCAAGUUUUGAAUGCAGUGGACUAAACACUCCAGGGUCAUCAAGUUUUGUACAAGGACACGAAAUCAGCAGCAACAGCAGGGGCUCUGUCGUACCGGAACCCCCUAGUGUAGAUCAUUAUAGACCCCAGAGAGGCAGGGGUCCACCCAAAAAACGGCGUCAUGAGGUUGAGUCCGAUUCAGACAAUGAGGCGGAAGCCGGGCCCACAAGCAAACGGGAGCGCCAAGGAGAUACAGACACCUCUAAGGAAACUUUUGCCAAGGCUGGGGUGCAUCAUCCGUCACUUACUUUGCAGGAGUUUCAAGAUGCCAGUAAAUGGAAAGAGUUGGCUAAGUCCAAAAAGAUGCCUCCUUAUUUUGAUUUGAUUGAGGAGAACCUGUAUUUGACAGAGAGAAAAAAGAGCAAAUCUCAUCGAGAUAUCAAGAGGAUGCAGUGUGAGUGCCCAGUGUUGCCCAGAGAAGACCGUGCAAGAGGAGUAUUGGCAUGCGGAGAAGACUGCUUGAACCGAUUACUUAUGAUUGAGUGCUCAUCGCGGUGCCUAAAUGGAGCUUAUUGUUCGAAUCGACGCUUUCAGAUGAAACAACAUGCAGACUUCGAUGUUAUCCUUACAGAAGAAAAGGGCUGGGGAUUACGGGCAGCUAAGGACUUGGCUUCGAACACCUUUGUGCUGGAAUAUUGUGGAGAGGUGUUGGACCACAAAGAGUUCAAAACAAGAGUGAAAGAGUAUGCUCGCAAUAAAAACAUUCACUACUACUUCAUGUCUCUGAAAAACAAUGAGAUCAUUGAUGCAACGCUCAAGGGCAAUUGCUCUCGGUUUAUGAAUCACAGCUGUGAACCGAACUGUGAGACCCAAAAGUGGACUGUCAAUGGCCAGUUAAGAGUUGGUUUCUUCACCACCAAGGCUGUUUCAGCAGGAACUGAGCUUACAUUUGAUUACCAGUUCCAGAGAUAUGGCAAAGAAGCACAAAAAUGCUUCUGUGGAGCACCCAGCUGCAGAGGCUUCCUGGGCGGGGAGAACAGAGUUAGUGUUCGGGCAGCUGGAGGGAAGAUGAAGAAAGACCGCAGUCGAAAGAGUGCUCUCACCACGGUUGAUGAGGAACUGGAGGCAUUACUGGAGAAUGGAGAAGGACUGUAUGAUGAGAAACAGGUGGUGUCUCUCUGCAGACUAAUGGUCCGAGUGGAAACCAUGCAGCAGAAACUCAUCUGCCUCAAGCUUAUACAGGAUACUCAAAAUCCAUCAUGUCUGAAGCAGUUUCUGGACCAUCAUGGGUUGUCUUUGCUGUGGAUCUUUAUGGUAGAGAUUUCUGAAGCUAAAGGCAACAGUGCUAAUAACACCAAACUGCAGUUAGAGAUUAUGAAGACCUUGGCUGUGCUGCCUAUCUCUACCAAGAACAUGCUGGAAGAGAGCAGAGUCCUGACUUUUAUUCAGCGGUGGGCACAGACAAAAGCUCUGCCUCAGCCUGCUGAGAUGGAUGGCUAUUCUAGUGAGAACACCUCCCGUGCUCAAACUCCACUGAACACCCCUGAUGGUUCCUCCACCAAAUUGGGACAAGAACUAGAAGGCGAUGCCUCCAAACCUGCUGUUUUUCGCAGACUGAAAAUCAUCAGUGAGAACAGUCUGGACAGUGCACUUUCUGAUGCAAGCAAAGCAUCUGAUUGUAAAGAGGAGGAGGAAGAUGAGGAGGAGGACGAUGAAGAUGAAGAAUCGUCACAUGUAGGACUUCUUGAUAGUAAACAGUUGAAGGAAGAGCAAAAUGGUGAAGAUGGAGAUCUCGCAAAGGAAACAACGGCAGACUCUGUGAAAGAGGAAAAGGUUGAGAGUCAAGAAGACGCAGACAUAGGGUCAAGUUGUCAGCAUCAAGUUGAGAUUGAAGAUGCAGAGGUCAAAAUGGAAAUUGAUCUGGAAAAGGGAGAAAUUGAGUUGAAAAGAGAGGUUCUGAAGAAGGAACUCGAGUCAAAGGAGGCUGAGAAUGGAAACGAGCAGCCCAGUCAGACAGAGACAGAAAAGCAUGAGCUGGCAGAUGAUCAGCCUUCUGUUGACUGUCCAGAAAAGACAGAGAGUGAGUGCAAUCAAUCUGAGACUGAACCCAUCUCAGCUGAGAGUAAACCCAUGCAGGCGGAAGCCGGGCCCAUGCAGGCGGAAGCCGGGCCCAUGCAGGCGGAAGCCGGGCCCAUGCAGGCGGAAGCCGGGCCCAUGCAGGCGGAAGCCGGGCCCAUGCAGGCGGAAGCCGGGCCCAUGCAGGUGGAGCCCGGAGUUGUCCAAACGGAGCCCGGAAUAAUCCAGGCGGAGGUCGAAGUUGUCCAGACGGAGCCCGGAAUAGUCCAAGCGGCGUCCGGAGUUGUCCAAACGGAGCCCGGAAUAAUCCAGGCGGAGGCCGGAGUUGUCCAAACGGAGCCCGGAAUAAUCCAGGCGGAGGCCGGAGUUGUCCAAACGGAGCCCGAAAUAAUCCAGGCGGAGGCCGGAGUUGUCCAAACGGAGCCCGGAAUAAUCCAGGCGGAGGCCGAACCCAAUGAAAAGGAUAGUGAAUCCAUCCAAAUCAAUGCCUCUGAUCUCCCACCUGAACUUCCUUCAGAGCAGAACAAAGCUCAAUUAGAGACACAAGAGCCUGAGAAAACGUCUCCUGACUGUGAGGUGCAACCUGGUGAAUCUACAACUGAUGCUGCUCCAUGCUCCGAGAUCCCAGAAGCCAGCAUACACUCCGAGGUCUUGGCAGUCCAAGUAGACCCAUCAGUGAUUGGCACUCCUUCUCAGGAUGAAGAAGGUGUGUCAGAUGUAGAAAGCGAAAGGAGUCAAGAGCCCCAGUUCAGUGCUUUGGAUAUUAGUGGCAUGGCUGCCAGACUUCUGGAAAGCUGGAAGGACCUAAAGGAGGUUUACAGAAUACCAAAGAAAAGUCAGGUGGAAAAGGAAGCAAACGAUCGCAGCAGAGAGCGAGACAUGGGUUUGUUGCCACGCGCCACUUCUGGAAGCCGAGAACGUGAAAGGGAGCGCGAUAAAGACAGGGAUCGUGAUUAUGACAGAGACUGGGACAGGGAUCGGGAUCGACUCUCCGACAAAGCCACACGUAGCACAGAGAGGAGGAGGAGACGCUCCUUGUCCCCACCGUCCUUAUCCUAUGAGAGGAGCAGCCGACGCACUGACGAACGGUUUGACCCAUCAAACAGUAACAAGACACCAAGAGGUGUGGGUGGAAAGGAGCGCAAUAAACUUUCAACUGAAGAACGUAGAAAGCUGUUUGAGCAGGAGGUUGCUCAGCGGGAGGCCCAGAAACAACAACAGCUCCAACAGCAGCAGCUUCAGACUAUGGCUUACAACCCUGCACUGGCCUACACCUCCAGCCCUGGUUUUAUCACCUAUCCUCCUGGAUAUCCCAUUCAGACUUUUGUGGAUCCUUCCAACCCUAAUGCAGGAAAGGUACUGCUCCCUACACCAUCUGUUGAGCCCACCUUGAACUAUGAACAAACUGCUUCCCAGCAUCUUAUCACAGACCUGGGGCUGCCCUCCCCAUCCUCCACCCCCCAAGCCACUCCUGUCUCUAAUCUCUCUCAGCACAUCACCACCGCCAACCUUGCCACCGGCACCCCUCAGCAGUAUGCCCAACCAUCUGUAUCAACGCAGGACGCAAGUGUAGCUGUCCUGUCUGUACCAGCCCCUCAGGUACAGGGCCAGCAGAGCUACACAACCCUCUGGGACCCCAACACUCAGCAGGCGGUGACCGUGCAGACACAGCCCGCACAACAGUAUGCCACAACCCCAGCACAGGCCCAGACACAGACGGCCAUUUAUUACCAGGGUCAGCCGUGCCAAACCAUCUACAGCAUCCCCACCGCCUACCCUCAGACCAGUGCUCCGGUCAUACAGGCAUAUACUGAGCCCACGGCUAGCUACCUGCAUGGCCAACCAGUUUAUCCUAGCCAUCAGCAGGGAGUUGUGGUGCAGCAGGGAGGCACAGUCACCACCAUUGUCACAUCACAAACGGUCCAACAGGAAAUGAUUGUACCCAACAAUGUGAUAGACUUGCCUCCUCCCUCUCCUCCAAAACCCAAAACUAUUAUACUACCUCCCAACUGGAAAGUGGCCCGGGACCCUGAAGGAAAAAUUUAUUACUACCACAUAGUCACCAGGCAAACACAGUGGGACCCUCCAACCUGGGAUGGAAGCAGCGAUAACACUAGUGUGGACCAUGAAUCUGAGAUGGACCUGGGAACACCGACAUAUGAUGAGAACCCUUCCAAGUUCUCCACAAAGACAGCAGAGGCAGACACUUCAAGUGAACUAGCUAAAAGGAGCAAGGAGACAUUUCGCAAAGAGAUGUCCCAGUUCAUUGUGCAAUGUUUGAAUCCCUACCGGAAGCCAGACUGCAAAUCUGGACGAAUCAGCAACACGGAAGAUUUCAAACACCUAGCUAGAAAGCUAACUCAUGGCGUUAUGAACAAGGAGUUAAAAGCUUGCAAGAAUCCUGAGGACCUUGAGUGUAACGAGAAUGUGAAGCACAAGACUAAGGAGUACAUCAAGAAGUACAUGCAAAGAUUUGGCUCUGUGUAUAGGCCCAAGGAGGACACAGAGGUGUGCUAGCCUCAGGGCCUGCAGAUGGCUGACUUGUUCUGGGAAGAAGCACAGAUUUGCCUUUCUAUUCACUCCUUCGUGUAUGAACUGGCCUGAACUGUGAAGUAGUUUCUUACCUGUAUUUAUGACUAAGAAUUGCACUGCUGCCCAAGAAACUCUCCAGGCCAUGCUGAUGAUGGAGGAGCUCUAUUUAAGAGACUGUCAGAGACUCGAGUGCCACUGAAAAACCCGACACUCAAGUUGCAGUGUUCCUGAAGGAUGACACUGAGGGGUGCUACAGAGACUAAUGUUCUCACUGACUGUUUGAUUUUUAGCUUUUUUUUUUCUCCAUUUGUGGCUUUUAAAUGUUCACGAGAUCACCUCAAUUCCACUUUUUAAUCUAUUCUAGUCCUGAAUGAGGACUAUUCAGCAGAAUAUACUUGGGUAUUGUGUUAGUUGAGGUUUCUUUGUUACUUCCACUGUUAAAAAUGGAUCAAUAAGAGAACGUUGAACGCCCCCACACCUCCUUUCCCCUUGUGCUCGCUUCAAGCCUCUGACUCUGCAUCUGGUGCUGCUUUUAACUGGGCUGUGGAGGUCCAGGCUUCCACUCCUCAAACCCUGCCUUCUUAACCACAGCUCUUUGGAGCCUCUGUUGUUUUAUGAAUGCGCAACGUAGGCUGAUGAUGGAACGUUGUCCUUGUGGAAAUUCCUCCCAUUUCUAUGUCUUGUGUGUCAAGGAUGAGCUCUUUCUUCAGUUACACCUAGGGAUCAGCCAGUGACUAGCAGGUUGCCUUUGCUAUUACAGAUGAGAUUAAUAUAAUUGUUUUUUGUAUGAAUUCAAUUAGACUUAGAACUGCAGCAGGGUUUGAAUACAGCGUGGUUCAUGUACUAUUUAGCAAUGUGUACAUUUUCCCCAUAUCCUGUCCAACUUGUUCUGCCGUUGUACCUCCAGUUCCAGGAGCGAUGCUGAAAGUGAAGGUUGUGGCUCUGCAGUUUUAACAGUUUAACAUCUUCCAUUGUCUGUUUGUUUUUUUUUUCUCUCACUCACUUUUAGUCCUCAUUUGACAUCAGAGACCCCAAGUCCAGGCUUGCUUCACAUUCAUGUCCAACAGUUUUCCAGGUGGUUCCAUUAGCAUUAGGUCAUCUAUUUGUUGCAGCUCAUUGAAUUGCAUUAAACUAAGAUCCAGCAUAUGUACAUCGCUCUUCUUGUGAAUAUAUUGAAUAAUAGUUUUGGGGAAUGUUUAAAUAAGCAGACACUUUGUAAAACAAUGAUCAUUUCAUAAUUGAAAGUGUAAAUAAUGUGUAAUAUUACCAAAGCUGUAUGCAGGGGACUGUUGUCAGGCAGCACAGUGAGCCCACACAUCCUCACCAGCUCAGCCCUCCUGAUGCAGUUAGCAUAUAAAUCUGUCAAACAUAGGACCCCACUGACACACAGCCGCCUAUUUUAUUUCAGAGUUUGGAGGAUUUUUAUGUUUAAUUUCUGUUUUGUUUUUGGGGGGGGUUGUGUUUUUUAAUUAAUUUUCUAUGUACAAAGUAAGUUUCACCCUUCUCUACUGUAAGUAUUGUGUAAGCACAUUGUCAUACCGAGUGUACAAACAUUUUAAAGAUAAUAAACUCUUUUGUAAAAUGA